AUGGCGGAUGUCAUAUUACGGUUGGAUAUCUCGAAACUUGCGAUUGACGCCAACCACGUCGCCUUCUCGGAUGGAGUUGCGUGCGUUCAGGCCUACUGGGCGUACGCGUUGGACCUGACUCGAGGCGAGAGAGAUUCAAUGCGCAGGCUCAUCGCUGAUCGCCACUACCAGCACACGGCUGAGUCGCGACAGUCGUUCACUGAGCAUCCUAUCUACAAAGGCAGCCAUGGAAAACAACGACAUGGCCUCAUUCUGUUGCGAGCGCUGUACAAGAAUAUGCCUCCCGAGUAUGAAAACAACGUCGUGGUCCGUUACGGUCCUAUUCCGAGGCGAGAUCGCACUGCCGAUUACCUCAAUUACUUCCCUGACACUAUGCAACCUGCCGUUUUUGACAUGGACACCGAUGGUGCAAGACAAUACAAGGAACGUUUUCCUCUUUUGAAGGUCAUCCCGAGUGUCUUCCGCAAGCUUCCAGCCUCCGAGAGAGGCCGUAUAAGGAUGUCCCACAGAACCUCUGCCGUCGUUGCACCAGCUCGCGAAGAGUCCAUUUCACCGCCGCCUCCAUAUGCACCGAUAGGUGAACCGGCGGUGCAAACAACUCAAGACGUCGCCCAAACCUACGCAGCUUCGAACACUACCCAAGCCGUCGCCCAGACCCAAGCAGCUUCGAACACGAAUCAAAACGCUGCCCAAGCCCAUGCAGCUUCGAACAGUACCCAAGCCGUCGUCGAGCAGGUGAAUUCGCCGACUACAGGAAUUCAAGCCGUCGCCCAGGCCCAAGCAGCUUGGAACACGAAUCAAAACGCCGCCCAGCAAGAGACUCCGAACGCUACUCGAACCGUUGCGGGCGCUGGCGCCGCUCAGACUGCACGACCUUUCGACUACGGCGGCGUGCAAGCCAUAGAAGUGAUUGACUCUGAGAGCGAGGAAGACUUUCCAUCCGCGCUGGAGCAUAGGGAGCCGGCGCAAACCGCCCUAUCGGCUGCUCAAGUCAUUGAGAUGUAUGGAUAUGGACCGGCGACAACGGUGACGACGGACGCUAUGAUACCAGCCACAACCGCCACGGCCCCUACACAUGGCCAAAGGCGCACUUGGAAUGAGGCCUUUGAUCGCGAAACCCUCGGAGUACAUACCGCAUUGAACAACCAGAAUGCGCUGCCGCAGGCCAGCACACGCCAGGACUUGUUCAUAUCGCUGUUGCAGCCACGGCAACAGCCUUCCGGUUCCAAUCAAGUGCAAAACCCUGUGAACCUUUUGGAGCCUCCUUUGGCUGCAACAACAGGGGGUGACAGCCCAGUGACGAGAGAGGAAUUUGACCAGUUGCGCGCAGAGGUGACAACUUUGAAGUCAGAGCUGACGACGAUGAAGUCACAAAUGACGACUCUUGCGGAGAAUGUGUACAUGUUGCGGGUGGCUUUUCAACGACAGCGAGAGCGACGUCAAGAGCAACGUCGAGAGCAACGGCAAGAAUAA